GUCGCGUCGCGAACAACAGGUGUGCCUCGCGCGCUCGUGUGCGCUCGCCUAGCCUCGUCCAGCCGCGCCGCAACAGGUGUACGCUCGCGUAUUCGACGCCGCGGUAUCGGCCAACGAUUAUUAUCGCAUCGAUUAUUAUCGCGGCGAACAUGUUCGAGGUUUUAGCAAUGAAGAAGCUACUCGUCGCCACGAUCUUGCUGUCGGCGGCGGCGUACGGCGACGUCGACGUGGUGACGGACGUUCGUCGAGCGGCGUUAUCGUAUCUUGGCACCGGGAAGCAAGUAUCGCGGGGCAACGUGCGCAUCGACGAGGACGAGUCGUUGCUCACCGCGGCCAGACGUACGAGGGAGAACGGAGGAGCGUCGCAGCGCGGUCCUUCGAAUCGAUUCGGUCCGGUCGAUCGACGAUGCGCCCCGAGCCCGACCACGAUCGUGUCGGUGAACGUGAGGGACCUGUUGGAGAAGAAGAAUCAGCUGUCCGCCUACAAUUCGGAGAUCUGCGCCUACUUCCGGCAGCAAGGCUGGAUGGUGGAGAACCCGUUGUACGCCGACGAGCCGAGCUGGGUCGAGGUCGCGAACGAUUACGCGGGCAAAUUGCCGCUUCGCUUGGAGUUCAUAGAUCCUUACGUGCUGUCGCGGGGCAAACGGGUCCGUCGGUGGCGGAAGUACGACGGGAACUCGACGAUCAACGAUUUGGAGGCUGACAGGAUCAGACGAAAGCGCGAUUAUCGCGAAGGCGCGCGGUCGAGGCGCGAUUCGGGCGUCGCGAACGCGGUCGCCGCGAAGGAGAAGAACGGCCGGAUCCUCGGCCAGAGGAACAAGCAUUUGGUGCUCCAGGACUUGUUCGAGCAGCCUUACUUCAUUUCGCGGGGCAAGAAGACGAAGCAUCGNGGACCUAGCGUGACGGACGUUCGUCGAGCGGCGUUAUCGUAUCUUGGCACCGGGAAGCAAGUAUCGCGGGGCAACGUGCGCAUCGACGAGGACGAGUCGUUGCUCACCGCGGCCAGACGUACGAGGGAGAACGGAGGAGCGUCGCAGCGCGGUCCUUCGAAUCGAUUCGGUCCGGUCGAUCGACGAUGCGCCCCGAGCCCGACCACGAUCGUGUCGGUGAACGUGAGGGACCUGUUGGAGAAGAAGAAUCAGCUGUCCGCCUACAAUUCGGAGAUCUGCGCCUACUUCCGGCAGCAAGGCUGGAUGGUGGAGAACCCGUUGUACGCCGACGAGCCGAGCUGGGUCGAGGUCGCGAACGAUUACGCGGGCAAAUUGCCGCUUCGCUUGGAGUUCAUAGAUCCUUACGUGCUGUCGCGGGGCAAACGGGUCCGUCGGUGGCGGAAGUACGACGGGAACUCGACGAUCAACGAUUUGGAGGCUGACAGGAUCAGACGAAAGCGCGAUUAUCGCGAAGGCGCGCGGUCGAGGCGCGAUUCGGGCGUCGCGAACGCGGUCGCCGCGAAGGAGAAGAACGGCCGGAUCCUCGGCCAGAGGAACAAGCAUUUGGUGCUCCAGGACUUGUUCGAGCAGCCUUACUUCAUUUCGCGGGGCAAGAAGACGAAGCAUCGAUUCGCCGGGCAACCGGAGCGGACGAAAUCGGGCGCGAACCGGUCGUGGAACGACGGCGGAAGCGAUCGCGUUUCGAGCCGAUUCGCGGAGACUCCGGAACUCGAUUCGAGAUCCAGAGAGGCCGAGCACUUCGGGCAAGCCGUUGCCAGGAAAAGGGCGAAACCGUCGAGCGACCGAAAGUCACUGUUGGAUCAAUUGUUGACCGACUCGGAUCUAUUCUACGUGGGCAGAGGUAAGAGGACGAGCGCAGCAGCUGCCGCCGCCGAGUCGACGGGAUCCGUCUAAUCUAUCUGGCUGAAUUACAAUAUGUUGUCGUAAUUUUCGUGUUAUUACUUGAUCGGUUUUAUUAACGAAACACGCCGAUUCCCCUUUAGAUUACAGUGUUAAACGAAACAAGCUGAUCGUUUUGUAAGCAAUCGAGUAAGUCAUGGCCGAGACGACACAGUAAUUGACGCUCGGAUUGUGCGCAAAAAUGGACAA